GCACUAGUGUAAUGGUACUUGGUAGCCGCCCUAGUCUGUGCUCUGCUACGAGGGCUUGGCUAUUUGUUUAUGGACUGGAUAUUAUUUGUUUGCAAUUUUGUAGAGAGCAUUUUAAGAUACAAAGUAAAACAUUAAGUAAAAAAAUAUAUCUUUUCACAUGUAGUUCUCCCUUAUCAACCCUAAAUAUUUUUUUAUUUGUAUAUAAUUAAGACAACUAAAUGGUCCAAAUGUGGGAAGAAAACAACAGAAUGGCAUCAACAACUAUGAUUGAAACAGUCACCAUCACAAGACCACUCAAGGUAAUCGCGUUAAUAUGCGGCCUGCUGGUGAUUAUACUGAUGGUCCUGGGCCUCGCAUCAGCAGACUGGCUGAUGGCUGCAGGCUGGCGGCAGGGCCUGUUCAUGCACUGCAUAGAUCCAGAGGCGCCGACGCCUUUGCCUUUCGACAUCACUGCUCAGCCAGGGUGCUACGCCGCGAGGCCCGCACCAUACAUUAAAGCGGCAGCCGGCUUGUGCGUAGCAACGCUGGCGGCGGACGUGUGCGGAGCCCUACUUACAGGGCUAGGGCUACGGUCAGCGGAUCACCGCACAAAGUUCCGAUACUAUCGGUUCGCGGUUCUUGCCAUGUCGCUUGCACUAAUGUGCAUCUUAAUAGCGCUGGUGAUAUACCCGGUCUGUUUCGCCGCCGAAUUGAAUUUAGGCAACAGAUCGGUGUGGGAAUUCGGUUGGGCGUACGGCGUGGGUUGGGGCGCCGCCAUUUUCCUUUUCGGCGCAGUUGUGUUGCUGCUCUGUGACAAGGAGAGUGAGGAGCUCUACUACAAGGAACGGAAAGUCGUGAGCGGUGAAGCGAGCGCGCGCCCCUAGGGCCGCGGGCGCCUGCCCGACCUCGUGCCGUGAGGCCGCUAGUGCACGCACACACGCACACACACACACGCACACCGCACUAACGCACGCACAAGAGUGGACCACUCGCGACCAACCUCACGUUUAUUACGUGUGAGGCUGGCGCAACUUUGACAUCUUUGUGAGUAUAUUGGGUUUAUAAUUUUUUUGGUAUUCUUUGUAAAUUAAAUUAUUUGUGGCGGAAACUAGAUCUCAAAAUGUUUCGUUUCCGCUUGUAUUUUUUGUAAUUCAGUUUUUUAUUUCGUGUUUAUGAAGCGAUUCCAACAGAACGGUAAAGUCAACAGACGGGAUAUCACAACAAUUCAAGAACACAUUAAGAAAUAUUGGAGCCAUAAUUCUAAUUUUUACCGAUCUGUUCGAAUCGCACGUAAAUAUCGUUUUAAUCAUUAUUUAUAUUUUUAUAUUCUAAUUAAGUGAUGUGGUCCAAUUGUUGUUAGUAAGUUUCAAGAAAUCGUCAUUUCAUAUUGACGUGAUUACUUGAAAUUUGUUAAAAUAUCGCGUUUUAUGUGCGGUGGUGUAAACAAAUAUGUCUGCACGUUGGAAAAUUGACUUCGUUGUAUUGAAUGCCCCAUAAAUGUGCAAGUUAAAUCUUUGUAUUAUGUAUGUGCACAGUAUGACGCAUCAGUUUGCCAACGUGCCGAUAAUGGCAUUAGGUCUGCUGCGAUAACGCACGGAUAAUGUACGACUCGCAUUUGUUUUUUGUUAUUUUACACCUUUCUAUUGCUUUAAGGAGCAAUUUGUGAUUAUAUUGUACAAACAAUUUGGUUUUACGUAUGAUUUCGAAGACAUUUACAAAUGAUUUUUUUUUGUUAUUAGUUACUAAGUUAUUUCAAAAUUUAUUUAAGCUUUAACUUGGGUAUGUUUUAGUAUUAGAGUUUUUCACCGAAGGCGCUUUUUGCCCGUUCGAAUGUAGAAUCUCGUUUAGGCGGAGUCGUUUGGAUGUAACCUCUAAAUUGUUAGCGCUCGC